AUGUUUCAUUGUGAACGUUUUCGUUUGUUGAUUGCGUCCAUUGAGUCAACAAUUGAUCCGUUCGAUAUCACGCUCCUCGCGGCACCGAUCGCCAAAAAUGCUCGAAUUGCUGCACAGAGAUAUUCGGAAUCGGACUCAUCGAAAUUGCGACCAACAUUAUCAGCGGCAAAUAUGCAAAUGCGUAAAAAGGCUCUCCUGAAUCAAGCAUCGAGUACUUCAGAUGGUGUUCGAAACACUCCAUCGUUCUCGUCAUUUUAUAAGUUAUCGACCAGUUGGUUUGGAAAUUAG